UUUCAGAGGCGCGGGUGGACCAACGAGAAGAGUUUGUGGAAGAAGGGUGACUUUUAAAGAACGUAACAGUAUUAAUCACUGUGUUUCUAAACAAAAAGCCCGACUGACGACGCACGGCUCCUAUUCUGCUCGGAGGUCGUUGCGUAUUUUAGCAUUGUUAAUGGCACCUCCAAAGAAGAGUGCGCUACCCAAACCACUCCCGGAUGGCUUCAUACUGACAGACACUGAGAAGAAGAAAUGGAGGCUGGGGACGAUUAUUGGUCAAGGUGGAUUUGGACUGAUCUAUCUUGCCUCCCAGAACAUAGACAGACCGGUUGCAGCGGACACUGACUUUGUCAUAAAGGUGGAGUACCAGACGAAUGGCCCCCUGUUCUCAGAGCUCAAGUUCUACCAGAGGGCAGCCAAACCAGAGAGCAUGCAAAAAUGGAAGAGAAGCAGGAAACUGGACUUUCUUGGCAUCCCCACGUACUGGGGGUCUGGACUUGCAGAAUGUAAUAACCUCAGUUAUCGUUUCAUGGCCAUGGACCGACUGGGCACGGAUCUUCAGAAGGUCUGUGAGCGCAACGGAGGCCGACUGAAGAAGGCCAAUGUGCUCCAGCUUGGCCAAAGACUGGUGGAUGUACUGGAGUAUAUUCACGACAACGAGUAUGUCCAUGCAGACAUUAAAGCUGCCAACCUCAUGUGUGGUUACAGAGAUCCUGAACAGGUCUACCUCGCAGAUUAUGGGCUGUCCUACAGAUACUGUCCUGAUGGAGUCCACAAAGAAUACAAAGAAAACCCCAAGAGGUGCCAUGAUGGAACAAUCGAGUACACCAGCCUCGACGCCCACAAAGGACUCGCUCCAUCUAGGCGGAGUGACCUCCAGAUUUUGGGUUUCUGUCUUCUUCACUGGUUAACUGGGUCACUUCCCUGGAUCAGCGUUCUCAAGAAUCCAACUCAGGUCCAGGAGGCCAAGGCCAGACUGAUAGAUAAUCUGCCAGACUCAGUCCAGCAGCUGUCAGUGAGCGGAGCCAGCACAGACGAGGUGACUGAAUUCCUCCUUUAUGUGAGAACUCUGGGAUACCAAGAUAAGCCCAACUACCAGCAUCUCAAAGACCUGCUGGCCAGUGAUGUCAAGGGAAGACUAGACUUCUCCGGGCCUCAAGGACCUGCAGGGGAGUCAAACACCAAGAAUCCUCCCACCAGGGAAAAGAAAGCAGGACGAGCCAGAGGGCCCGCCAAAGCCAAGCCUUCGCCUGCAGAGGUGGACGAUGAAGAACACGAAGAGACGAAGCCCAAACCGGUGCCAGCUCGCUACAAAAGAGGACCGCCCCUCCCUAAACCUCAGUCACAGCAGAAGAAGGAGGUGCUGCCUGCUGUCAGAAGAUCAGAGAGGCUUCAGGCUGGACCCGUACACUCUUACAACGAGGAAGACAGUGAGGAGGAGGAUGAAGAGGAUGAGGUCAGACCCAGACCUAUUCCUGCACGCUAUCUGAGAGGACCUCCGAAAAGCCCCGAAGGUCAACCCAAACAGAAAACUAAAUGCGAGUGGACCGGCAGGAAAACAGACGACCUGACUGUGACCUCUGGCAGACGGGAAUGGCUCUACAUGCAAAGGAGAAAACCUGAAUGGGCAAACUGUGACAUAAAGAGCCCAGCACACAUGGAUUACACAGAGAGAUGGGAUGAGAGGCUGCUUCACGAGCAGCAGAGCUACAGCCAGCAGCGCUACAAGCACAGAGACAGCACAGGACAGGACACUGGUCCCUCACAGACACGAGGACUGAUGUCCUGCUUUGUCGUUUUGGGCGCCUUCCUUCUAGUGGUUGCCAUUUUAGUACAUUUAAACUGACUUGUGAGCAGGUGAGGGAUCCGCCACGUUGAACAGUGCUGCCUUCCCAAAGUGGAGAUGGAGCUGCCAGGGACACAAAGCAUCUUCUCAGGACUUCUGGGCUGCCAUUUUCACAGUAAUAGGCUGGAAUAGAAGGAGAAGCCUCAGUGUAUUCUGCCUAUUAAAUGUUCUGUAAAGUUAAAUGUGGUUUGAAGGAUCGCUUUUUCAAAAAAAUAUUCAAGUGGGCUCUCAUUUUUGACUCAAAAUCACAUGCACAAAUAAAACUGUCUUUGACUCUAAAUCGAUGAUGUGCUGUAUUCACACACAUCCAGUGUCACACACUUACUCCUUUGUCAGACGAGGAGUAGCUUCAGUGAAAGUGUCUGAAUGCAGCAUAUUGUGGCGAGCGCACUCAGCGGCCUUUCAGAGAAGAGAAGGCUACGUGAUGUAUAGAGCCAUGCUAAUUAAGUAUGCUGAAUAUCUAUUGAGUGUGCACGGAAGGCCUUUCUGAAGCGCCGUGAAGGCAGCUGUCAGUCACACUGUGAGGUGCAGACAUACCUUGCUGCAGUAAGGACACUCUCCAAAAACAAUGCUGAAGCUCUGUCUGCUGGUGGGGAGCGCUCGCAGCCACUGAAGAGAAAAAAAGAAAGAAACUACUUGAUCAAAUCAUUACCUUGGAUCGGAUGUGUCACCGAUAAAAACGCUUGUUUCAAUGUACACUUCUUGCUGCACUCUGUAAAGGCAUAUUCAAGAUUAUCCGAUACCUUGGAAGCAUUUUGAGGGCUUUUAAGUAGAACUUUAUAAUGUCCUCCUGCCACUUUUUUUUUUUCUCUAGGCUUUAAAGAGAGAUCUGAGUGUUCAGAAUCUCAUUGAAUACGGAGAAUAUAAACAUGCUCAGGCAGAUGGAGCUCAUUUGCUGCGUGUCAUGAAGCAGCUGCAGUCCACCUCAACAAUCCCUCUCUUCACCUGUGAAUGGCGAGCAGAAAGUAGUGCGUCGGUGCUCCGACUCAGCCAGAGAUCACACUCCGCCGUCGCUUAUCUGAGCAGCCCGGCUGUACAACACUAACACAUUAAGCCGAACGAGACCUGUGACUGUCUUAUCCUGAGAAGCAAACAGUUACAACACCUCUGAUUUAAAAAGCGGUUGGCUCCUUAAUGCAACUGUGAUGCUUACUGAUGUAGGUCUGGAACACUGGACUCUGACGGUUACAUGAUCAAACUCUGUAUUAUGAUUACCUGAGUAAAAACCACAAAGUGUAAUGGAAUGUAGAGAAUAUUUUUAUGCCAAAUAAAUAUUUUGCACAAACCAA